AUCCUCUCCCCCCAGAAAGGGUGCCCAGCACUCCUAGGGGUCAUGCUGCCUGCUCAUGCCUUUAACUUCCGCUGCAGGUUUAGACCUGCAGAGAGAAUGCAUCUUAGAAUGUGGGGAGCGGCGUUGAGCCGUCGGAAGUUUAGGACUUGAGUCGGAACGCUUGCAUUCCAGCCCAGGUUUCAUCGGGACUCUGGGAAAGUGACUUCGGCUCCUCUCCAAAUGCGUUAACGUACCUGUGGGCUGAUGAGCUCAUGGUUGUGCAUGGGGUUAGCCGGCUGUAAAAGGCCACAUAAAUGCUAAUCAUUGGGAUUAGGGUGCGCUGGAUAAAUGCUUGUGGGAAAUGAGGCCCAGCCCCUCCCUGGCUACACAUUAACCUUCACUGCCCUGAGGGCCCUCUGCAGUCCCACUGGGUCCCACACCGGCUUCCCCGGAGGCCUGGCCACAGAGGACUGACAGUUGGGGUAUGUCAUGCUGCCAACCUGCACUCCUUGUCUCCACCAGGGCAGUGGGUUCCCUCGACUAGAACACAGUCAGCCCCUCCCACAUCCCCUACAUGCCUUACCAGCAGCCCAAGCUCUAGUCCCUAAAAAUGCCCCGACCCGGGUAGGAUGCUGAAUCAAGAUUGCCCCUUUCCAUAGAUGUCAGCUGCUGAGGACUUCAGAACCAGCCUCCUACAGACAGGGGCUGGAGAGAGGCCUGGGGACAAGGGGCAAUGAAGCAACAAAAAGUGGACAGGAGCAAUGCCAUUAUUGCUGGCCCGGGAGAAUGAGGAUACCAGGCAGGCUAUUGCCCCCCCAACCCCGCCCCUCACUGCAGUCUCACCCACAUACCUGCCAGACCAGGUAGCUCGACCCAGCCAUGCCCAGCCAGGCUGGAGAAGGCGUGGGCCAGGAGCAAAGAGCCACAGGUGUUUGCUCUGAAUAUGUGCCCGGGGAAGUCCGCCAGCCUGCCUGCCCACCCGCUCACUCUCCUUGGCUCAUUGGCUCAGAAAGCCCCACCCAGCAGGGCAGUAAAGAUCAAAAGCUGCCUCUGGGAGGCCCUCAGGCAGACGGGGCCAGACCAGGGACUGGAGAGAGGCUCCGGGACCAAAGAAAGAAUAAAAUAUCCCCUGAUCUUGGAACUGGAAGACAGAAGUUCAAGACCAGCUCUGCCACUUCCAGCUGUGAGGCCUCGUGCCUCUCUGGGCCUUGGCCUGCUCCCUGUGAAAUGGGGACAGUGGCAAUCCCUACCCCGCCAAGUCAUUGCGAGUGAGGACAUGAUGACACAGUGGUUGUGAAACAGUUUGGCCGAUCACAUCUCUAAUAAAGGGCACCCAUUUCCAGGUUCUCCCCGGCCUGCGCGGGUGCACGCAGGUGUGCACCGUCCGCCUGAGGAACCACCAGCAUGAACUGGGCAUCCCUGCAGGGCCUCCUGAGUGGGGUCAACAAGUACUCCACGGCGCUCGGCCGCAUCUGGCUGUCGGUGGUGUUCAUCUUCCGGGUGCUGGUGUUCGUGGUGGCGGCGGAGGACGUGUGGGACGAUGAGCAGAAGGACUUCGUCUGCAACACCAAGCAGCCGGGCUGCCCAAACGUCUGCUAUGACGAGUUCUUCCCCGUGUCCCACGUGCGCCUCUGGGCCCUGCAGCUCAUCCUGGUCACGUGCCCCUCGCUGCUGGUGGUCAUGCACGUGGCCUACCGGGAGGAGCGGGAGCGGAGGCACCGCCUGAAGCACGGGCCCAACGCCCCGUCCCUGUAUGACAAUCCAAGCAAGAAGCGGGGUGGGCUCUGGUGGACGUACUUGCUGAGCCUCAUCUUCAAGGCCGCCGUGGACUCCGGCUUCCUCUACACCUUCCACCGCCUCUACCAGGGGCAUUACGACAUGCCCCGCGUGGUGGCCUGCUCCCAGGCGCCCUGCCCCCACACUGUGGACUGCUACAUCUCCCGACCCACGGAGAAGAGGGUCUUCACCUACUUCAUGGUGGCCACAGCUGUCAUCUGCAUCCUGCUCAACCUCAGUGAGGUCGCCUACCUGGUGGGCAAGAGGUGCCUGGAGAUCGUGGGCCCCAGGCGCCAUCGGUCUCGGCGCCGGAGUCGCCUGCAUGAUUCGUGCCCCCCAUAUGCCCUCUCCCAGGGAGAUCACCCCCAAGAUGGGAACUCUGUCCUCAUGAAGGCCAGCUCGGCCGAGGUGGAUGCAGGUGGGUAUCCGUAACCUGUGAGGUUGGCAACUGGGACCGCCAUGUCCCCCACCUGCUCCCUGAGGCCACACAGGGCAGUGGCACUUUCUGCAGCAAGGCAUGCGAGGAAGGGGACUGUGGGGCUCCGGAAGCCCACCCGGAGGCCAGUACUGGGGAGCAGUUCUGUCUCAGGGUCCUGAUCCCCAGGGGAAGAAGGUUUAAUGGUAGGCAUUUUAUAUAUGGCAAUAGGGGAUGUCAAAACCCUUAAUAAAUAUGAUUUUCUCAGUACCUUGCAGGCCAGGUGGGGAGUGAUGGGUAGGAGAGCAGGGGGGUCACAAGGACCUUGGAGAGGAGGCCAGGACCACUCACGGGCACCUGAGCCUGGGAACCUCAGAUCCUGGUUCAGCCACCACCCACCUCACACACACACACACACACACACACACACACACACACAGUGUGCCCCCAGGACAUGGUGGGGAAUACCCAAAGGCAGAGACUUUUCCAGGGGUUUCUGGACUCUGCAACCAGCUGGC